AUAUAUAUAUAUUUCACAUCUGAUUCACUAGCCACUACGAACUACUCAAAGAAAGCUACAAAACCCAUUUCUCUCUCUCUCUCUUUUGUGGAAACUCAUCACACUUAUGGAUUCAUCAAAGAAGUCUAACAAGAUCACUGACAUUGUUAGGCUUCAACAGAUCCUCAAGAAGUGGAAAAAGGCAGCAACUUCCUCCAAGAGCAGCAACGGCAGCUGCUCCUCUUCCACCACCAACACUAUCAAGUUCAUCAAGAGAACCCUGUCUUUUUCCGAUGUCUCUGCAGCGUCGUCCAGUGAUGCCGUCCCCAAAGGAUUUCUGGCCGUUUGCGUUGGCAAGGAGUUGAAGAGAUAUGUGAUUCCUACAGAGUACUUGGGGCACCAAGCAUUUGCGAUACUACUGCGAGAGGCAGAAGAGGAGUUUGGGUUUCAACAAGAAGGAGUGUUGAAGAUCCCAUGUGAAGUGUGUGUUUUUGAGAAGAUAUUGAAGGUGGUGGAAGAGAAGAGCAGUGAUGGGCAUGGGUACUUGUUGCAUGAGUUAGGGUUUAAUAGCAGUGUAGAUAAUAGUUGUUGGUCAUCACCUGAUUAUGAGCUAACACCUUCUCAUCAUCCUCAAAUGUGUAGAUGAUCGAUGAAUGAACAAAAUAAAAAUCAGAUGAUCAGUUUAUGACCUAAACCAAAGUUUUUACUCACUGUAGUUUUUUUUUUUUAAACCCAACCUGGCCUGGCCUGUUUCAAUAUAUGGUGGGUUGGUAGGUUUACUAAUUACUUGGUGGUGGUCAACUGAUUUUGUUUUUGAGUGUAUGAGAAGCUAUUGCCAUUUGCUCUAAUAAAUUAAAACUCCUUGAUUGUUCUUCCA